GGAACAGUUGGAGGAGGAGCCGCGAGCUGGGCUGCGGCGCCUGGAGGAGGAGCGGCCCCCGCGAGGCCACGUUUUGUUUUUAUUUUCCAUCGGAAUAGUUCUCGCAGGCCCUUCCCGAGGACUGACCGCGCCGAAGCCCGGCGGCCCCGACCUUCCAGGUGACAGCCGGUCACCCUGGUAGGAGUCAGCUCCGCCCCAAGUCACCCCCUCCCGCCCACAGACCUAUUCCCCGCCCAGCCUCGCGGUGCCUGCCCCGGGCGAGCGCGGCGGCCGCAGCGGCUCUGCAGCGCUGGAGCGGGCGGCCACCGGCGGCGGGCGGCGGCGCGGGGCCCUCGGCGCCGUCCUCUGAGCGAGCAGAGCCGCGGCGGAGGAAGGGGGAAGUCCGGCUCCCCGGCGCGAGCCCAAGAAAGGAGGAUGCCGAUUUAACUCGCCCUCUCCUGCCAGUCGGCUGCUGGGCGCUCCCUCGGUGCCCGCCGCCGGAGCCUCCGAGCCGCGCCCGGGGAAGUGCUGCAUGGGGCAGGGCCGCUGAAGCGCGGAGUUCAGGGUCGCGCCGCGCCGAGGGGGGCGCAGGGGCCGCGGGCGGCAGUUGGCACAGUUUCGGCGGCGCCUGCAGCGCGGGAGUUGGGGGCGCGGUGCGCCUGCCCCGCCGCCUCGGUGCCUUCUGGAGGCGCGAGUUAUGGAGCCCCUCAGCUGCAUUCAGGGUGAGCCGUUCCCGCACCCCCUAGAGCCCGAGCCGGGCGCCCCGGCGCAGCCGGGCCCCGGGAAGCCGGGCGACAAGCGGUUCCCGCUGUGGUACGUGGGGGGGUCGUGCCUGGACCGCAGGACCACGCUGCCCAUGCUGCCCUGGCUCAUGGCCGAGAUCCGCCGGCGCAGCCAGAAGCCCGAGGCGGGCAGCUGCGGGGCACAGGCGGCCCGCGAGGUGCUCCUGGUGCUCAGCGCGCCCUUCCUGCGCUGCGUCCCCGCGCCAGGAGCCGGGGCCGCGGGGGGCGUCGGCCCCGCGGCGGCGCAGCCCAACCCGGCCGUGUUCAUCUUCGAGCACAAGGCGCAGCACAUCUCGCGCUUCAUCCACAACAGCCACGACCUCACCUACUUUGCCUACCUGAUCAAGGCGCAGCCCGACGACCCCGAGUCGCAGAUGGCCUGCCACGUUUUCCGCGCCACAGACCCUAAUCAGGUUCCUGAUGUCAUCAGCAGCAUAAGGCAGUUAUCUAAAGCUGCCAUGAAAGAGGAUGCCAAACCCAGCAAAGAUAAUGAGGACGCCUUUUACAACUCGCAGAAGUUCGAAGUCUUGUACUGCGGCAAGGUGACGGUGACCCACAAGAAGGCCCCGUCCAGCCUCAUCGACGACUGCAUUGAGAAGUUCAGCCUGCACGAACAGCAGCGCCUGCGGCUGCAGGGCGAGCAGCGCGGCGCGGAUGCGGGCGAGGACCCCGCGGUCUUCGAGGCCGAGGCGCCCGGUUCACCCGCAGACACUCUGUCGGGGGAAGGGAACGGCGUCACCAAGACCCACCCCGCCUUUCCAGCCCCGGCCAGCCAGCCUGUGCUGUCCAGCUCUCGAGCGUGCUUCCCUGAGCGGAUUUUGGAAGAUUCUGGCUUUGAUGAACAGCAGGAGUUCCGGUCUCGCUGCAGCAGCGUCACUGGAGUUCUGCAAAGGAAAGUUCAUGAGAACAGCCAAAAACCACAGCCUCGAAGGAGACACGCCAGCGCGCCCAGUCACGUACAGCCCUCGGAUUCGGAGAAGAACAGAACAAUGCUGUUUCAGGUUGGGCGGUUUGAGAUUAACCUUAUCAGUCCAGACACUAAAUCAGUUGUGCUUGAAAAGAAUUUUAAAGAUAUCUCUUCUUGUUCUCAGGGUAUAAAGCACGUUGAUCACUUCGGCUUUAUCUGUCGGGAGUCGCCAGAGCCUGCGCUGAGCCAGUACGUCUGUUACGUGUUCCAGUGUGCCAGUGAGUCUCUGGUGGAUGAGGUAAUGCUGACUCUCAAGCAGGCUUUCAGUACGGCCGCUGCCCUGCAGAGUGCCAAGACCCAGAUUAAGCUGUGUGAGGCCUGCCCUAUGCACUCUUUGCAUAAGCUCUGUGAAAGGAUUGAAGGUCUCUACCCGCCAAGAGCCAAACUGGUAAUACAGAGGCAUCUCUCAUCACUGACAGAUAAUGAGCAAGCUGACAUCUUUGAACGAGUUCAGAAAAUGAAGCCAAUCAAUGACCAGGAGGAAAAUGAACUGGUGAUUUUACAUCUGAGACAACUGUGCGAAACCAAGCAGAGGACACACAUUCACAUCGGGGAAGGCCCAACGACUAUUUCAAAUAGUACAAUCCCAGAAAAUGCGACAAGCAGUGGAAGGUUCAAACUUGACAUUCUGAAGAAUAAAGCUAAGAGAUCCUUAACUAGCUCCCUGGAGAAUAUCUUCUCAAGGGGAGCUAACAGAAUGCGAGGUCGGCUUGGAAGCAUGGACAGUUUUGAACGGUCCAACAGUGUUGCUUCAGAGAAGGACUACUCUCCAGGAGACUCUCCACCAGGCACACCGCCAGCCUCCCCACUGUCCUCAGCUUGGCAAACGUUCCCUGAAGAGGAUUUCGACUCCCCGCAGUUUCGAAGACGGGCACACACAUUCAGCCACCCACCUUCCAGCAUGAAGAGAAAGCUGAAUCUACAGGAUGCGAGGGCUCACGGCGUUCGCUCCCCCCUUCUGAGGCAGAGCUCCACUGAACAGUGCAGCAUUCAUCCAUCAGUUCGGCGCAUUCACAAGGAGAGUAAUUCUUCUUCCAGUCUUCCAAGUCUUCACACUUCCUUCUCUGCCCCUUCCUUCACUGCCCCCUCUUUCCUGAAAAGCUUUUACCAGAAUUCAGGUAGACUGUCCCCACAGUAUGAAAAUGAAAUCAGACAGGACACCGCUUCAGAAUCAAGUGAUGGAGAGGGGAGAAAAAGGACCUCGUCUACUUGCAGCAACGAGUCCCUAAAUGCUGGAGGAACCCCUGUCACUCCUCGCCGGAUCUCCUGGCGGCAGCGCAUUUUCCUCAGGGUUGCCUCUCCCAUGAACAAAUCUCCCUCGGCAAUGCAGCAGGAUGGCCUGGAUAGGAAUGAGCUGCUGCCACUGUCUCCUCUUGCUCCAACCAUGGAGGAGGAACCGCUGGUUAUAUUCAUGUCUGAUGAAGAUGACCCAGAAAAGGUUGAAGAAAGAAACAAGUCAGAAGAACUGAGGAGUUUGUGGAGAAAAGCGAUACACCAACAAAUCUUGUUGCUUCGAAUGGAAAAAGAAAACCAGAAACUUGAAGCAAGCAGAGAUGAACUCCAGUCCAGAAAAGUUAAAUUGGACUAUGAAGAAGUUGGAGGAUGUCAGAAGGAUGUCUUAAUAACCUGGGAUAAGAAGCUGUUAAACUGCAGAGCUAAAAUCAGAUGUGAUAUGGAAGAUAUUCAUACUUCUCUUAAAGAAGGUGUUCCCAAAAGUCGACGAGGAGAAGUCUGGCAGUUCCUAGCUUUACAGUAUCGUCUACGACACAGAUUGCCUAAUAAACAGCAGCCUCCCGACAUAUCCUAUAAAGAGCUUUUAAAGCAGCUCACUGCUCAGCAGCAUGCUAUUCUCGUGGAUUUAGGAAGGACAUUUCCUACUCACCCUUACUUUUCAACACAGCUUGGGGCGGGGCAGCUGUCUCUCUUUAACCUCUUGAAAGCCUACUCGUUGCUGGACACAGAAGUGGGUUACUGUCAGGGGAUCAGCUUUGUGGCUGGAGUCCUGCUUCUACACAUGAGCGAAGAGCAAGCCUUUGAAAUGUUGAAGUUCCUCAUGUACGACCUGGGCUUCCGCAAGCAGUACAGACCCGACAUGAUGUCGCUACAGAUUCAAAUGUACCAGCUGUCCAGGCUCCUUCAUGACUAUCACAGAGAUCUCUACAAUCAUCUUGAAGAAAACGAAAUCAGCCCCAGUCUUUAUGCUGCCCCCUGGUUCCUCACGUUGUUUGCCUCUCAAUUUCCGUUAGGAUUUGUAGCCAGAGUUUUUGAUAUUAUAUUUCUUCAGGGAACUGAAGUUAUAUUUAAGGUUGCCCUCAGCCUACUGAGCAGCCAAGAGACACUUAUAAUGGAAUGUGAAAGCUUUGAAAAUAUUGUUGACUUCCUUAAAAGCACACUACCUGAUAUGAAUACAUCUGAAAUGGAAAAAAUUAUCACCCAGGUUUUUGAGAUGGAUAUUUCUAAACAGUUACAUGCCUACGAGGUGGAAUAUCACGUGCUGCAGGAUGAGCUUCAGGAAUCUUCUUAUGCCUGUGAGGAUAGCGAACCUAUCGAGAAGCUGGAGAGGGCCAAUAGCCAACUGAAAAGACAAAACAUGGACCUCCUAGAAAAAUUACAGAUAGCUCAUGCUAAAAUCCAGACCUUGGAAUCCAACCUGGAAAAUCUUUUGACCAGAGAGACCAAAAUGAAGUCUUUAAUCCGGACCCUGGAACAAGAGAAAAUGGCUUAUCAAAAGACAGUGGAGCAGAUCCGGAAGCUGCUGCCAGCCGAUGCUCUCGCCAAUUGCGAAUCGCUACUGAGAGACCUAAACUGCAACCCCAACAACAAAGCCAAGACAGGAAACAAGCCGUAACUGAAGAAGUGCUGUCUCAGCAGAAAGUGCUCUUAGAAUGCUAUGGAACGGAAGAGUCUGCAUGCUGCUCGCCCAGCGCUGGACCCUGGAGCCAACGGAACCACCUGAGUCUGGUGCUGUGCCCUCGUCCUAGCUGUGGACCUCGCUUUUCUUAGAGUAUGCCAGUCCUAAGCCGUUGUACAUAUGUAGACUUGUUUUCGUUGUUGUUGACUAUGUACAUAUAUAUAUAAGAUGGACAUAAAGGGUUCAUGCUUUCAGAUAAAAGGAGUAGAUGUACAUUUAGAGCAAUUUUUUAAAUCAAAACUUCAUGAAAUCGACACCAAAGGGAAGUUAAAAUGGUUCCCCUUGGACAUGUGAAAUUAUUUUGUCUUUGUAGUGAAACAGAGCUAGAGCAUCUUUGUAUAUUGAAAUAUACUUGAAAAAAAUGAAUGUAUUUUUUUCUCCAAAGAACAGCAUGUUUCACUCAAUAGUGGGGAAGUGGAAACAUUUGUGUACCUAUGAGUACCUGUCUUAAAAUCUACUGACAUUGUAUAUAUGAGGAAAACGACUGAUUGUUAGUCGCACUCUUAUGAUUUUUCAGGAAAGUGGGGGCCUUCCUCCCCUGCCUGCUUUGUGCCAACUAGCAUGUUGUAUCCACAUGCACUUUGAGUCUGGUUAGGCAUUACUUUAGAUGUAAGGAGAAAGCAAGCAUUAUGGUGGAGUCUACCCACCCAGCUCAAGGUGAAAGAGAACGUUGCUAAUUUUCUAGCAAAUUAGACCAGCAUUGUUACUCAAACUAAAAAUAUCAGGCCUCAAAAAUUUAGUGUAAGACCUAAAUAGUCUAGAUCAAGUUUUUAUCUUUAAAUUACUCCUAUGGUUGUGAACGGACUUCCCUUUAUUUGGUGCCAACAAGAAGUCAGUGACAAAGAUUUGCCAUUUUCCCACCAAAAUGUAGGCACUCUUACUUUAGUUCUCUCUACCUUUAAUGAAAGAUAAGGAAAUGCAAUUAUGGUUGGCUUUCUAAAGAUGAUAUGCUGGGGUGUUUUUGGUUUUUGCCAAUUGACAGAAUCUAAUAAACUCAUAAUCAUCUUCCCCUUCCGUGUGAAAGUUUCUGAGAACUGUGAAAUGUUUAAGAACAAACUGUUGAAAUCCUUUGGAAGGGAAAGAGAAAGUGGCACCCAGCCCUUCUAAAACCUACGAUUCUGCAUUUGGACUCCCAAUUUUUUUAGCCUACAGAUAGCUUAUAGAAGACAUUCGUGCAUGCUGGGUGUAUGGAAGGAAAGUAACUUUUGAAGUACACGUGCAGUUCUCCAUCUCAAAGAUGAUUCUACAGUAGUGCCUCUGAAAGUUGAUGCAGCAUUUUUGCCUUUCCAGACAAUAUAUAUCAUCACUGCUUUUUGCAGUACUUAUAUUAUCGCAGAUGGAUUAUCUGGGAUAAUUUUUUUCAAAGGGAGUUUGUGAUACACAAGCUAUAAUGUAUUAUAGAGUAGAAGAGUAAAGCUCUAAAGGUUUUGGAAAACCUUGAUGAGCAGUUGAUAAGCAUCUGAAACCCCCUUCUACAUCGUUACUCAGUAUAAAUGUGAUGCCUUGUUACAAAUCAGCAUGCCCUCUAAUCCAGGCAGAUUCUUAAAAGAAAAUAAAGUCUUGUUAGUAAAAUUAAUGUAAUUUCUAAGUUCAAACAAAUGCUAAUUCUAAGUACCCCAUUCAUUUGGGGCCACCAACUGAUUUGUUGCUUGGAUUUCCCUAAAAUUUCUCUAUUUGUAGGAGAGGUUUUUUCCUAUGAGGAAUAUGACAAAUAUCAUCUGGUUACUUUCUGGUGAUGAAAAUUACCUUAUGUGUAUGAUACACAGGUGGUAGCCAAAGAAUCUUCAAGUUGGGAAAAGAAACUUUUCCUGUCAGUUGUUCAGUUUAAAGUAAAUUUUAUUCUGGAUAUUGAGUCAACGAUAUGAGUUGUAUUAUGGUAUUCAGAGAUUAAGGUGUCUUGGAUACUAUAUUUCUUUUGAAAAUGAAUUUUCUUUUUCUUUUGUGAUUUUUUAAAAUGUUGUACCAGUUAUGCUUCAUGCAUUGUUACAUCUUCAUCCAAUCAAUGUAAUGUCUAGUUCAUUUCCAGUAAAUACGUUGCUACAGUUUC